AUGGAAAACACACUUGAAGAGAAAAAGCAAAAAAUUCUUAAAAGAUUGGAGAAUACCAUUGAGUCUUCAAACUGCAUUCUUUACGAAAUAAACCAAGAACUGCAGAAUAUUGUGGAGAACAACAGAGUUCUAGAACAGACUGCAGACAUAUAUAACACGUGGAGUAGCAAGGGGAUGUAA